UUAAUUACCACCUUUUCCUAGCUACUACCAAUUACAAAGAAGGGUCACGGGAGCUGAUACAUUAAGUCUGCUUUCUCUCCGUAGACACUACUAGACCAGCCCAGCAAUUUCUGUUCUGUAAUUCUUAAGGGCCUUGACAGGGCAAAUGAUGAGAAUAUAUUUCCCCUUAUUGGAGAGUCUAGGACCAGAGAGCAUUGUCUCAGAAUAAAGCAGUGUCGAUUUAGCACUAACAUGAGGGGGGAUUUCUUACCUCGGAAAGUUGAGUGUCUUUGGAACUCCUGGCCAGCACACUGUGGAGGCAGAGUUAACACAAAAUGAACACGCUGCUGAAUGAAAUUUCCAAGGAGACGGUGGUGCGGCCACUGAGCCGGAAAGAGGUGCUGGGGAUGCUCUUCCGUCUCACGGUGUUUGGUGCUGCCACGUACUUUGGUAUCAAAUGGAUGGUGGAUACCAUAGAUCCAACACGAAGACAGAAGAUGGAGAACAAGAAAAGGGCAGCAAAGCUGAUGAAACAGAUUGGCGUGGAAGGAAUCAAGCUCUCAGAGCAUGAAUUGAUGAUAGCAUCUCAUUUGGUGGAUCCCAGUACACUAAAGGGGGUGACCUGGCGGGACAUUGCUGGGCUGGAUGAAGUUAUCACUGAACUGCAGGAAACUGUAAUUCUCCCAUUCCAGAAGAGACACUUAUUCCGUGAAUCCAAACUCUUCCAGCCACCAAAAGGUGUGUUGCUGUAUGGCCCUCCUGGUUGUGGGAAGACCCUCAUUGCCAAAGCUACAGCAAAUGUCGCUGGCUGCCAUUUCAUCAACAUGCAGGCCUCAGCAUUAACUGACAAGUGGUACGGAGAGUCACAGAAGCUGACAGCUGCAGUCUUCUCUUUGGCUGCAAAAAUUGAGCCUUGUAUUAUCUUCAUUGAUGAAAUAGAUUCCUUUCUACGGAACCGUUCCUGCAAUGAUCAUGAGGCAACAGCAAUGAUGAAAGCGCAGUUCAUGAGCUUGUGGGAUGGAUUGAGCACUGACACAGAUUGCCAGGUGAUUGUGAUGGGUGCUACAAACAGACCUCAGGAUGUCGAUCCAGCCAUCUUGAGAAGGAUGCCCAGUACAUUCCACGUGGGCCUGCCCAGGCAGAGACAGCGGUACGAGAUUCUGAAGUUGAUCCUUUCUGGUGAAUGUUUAAACAGUGAUGUGAGACUGAAAGAAAUAGCAGAGAAAACAGCCGGUUACUCGGGCAGUGACCUACGGGAACUUUGCCGAGAGGCAGCCUUGCACCGGCUCCGUGAUUUUGUUCGGAAGGAGCAAAUGCAGUGCAUCGAGAGACAGCUGCAGGCUGAUGACUACAAGGAAAGCUCCACCGAUGAGCGUCUCCGAGCAAUCACUCAGACAGACCUCUACCUGGCCUUGGAGAAGUUGACAGAAUCAAAGGCAGGAACUAAUGCUCUGAUACUGCAAGACACUCCUGUGGACUGAACGGAGCACACACUGAACAAUGUUGACUAACAGGUCUUACAUAUGCAAGUCACUUUCUUUUGUUUUAUGGGCAAUUCUGUUGACUUCUACGUAGCUGUAGUCCAGUUAAUUUUCACAAAUUAACUACUGUCCCCUUGUGAAAUUGGACUGCAAGAGACGCUGAACAACAUCAACCCUCAUUUCUCUCCGACGAUCAAACGGUCCUACUACUGUCUUCAUGAGAAGGAGUGUGAUAUAUGCUGGCAGUGUGCUGAGAGUAAAGUGACUCAUCAAACUGACUCAUCUUAGUGCAAAACCUCGUUUGGUGUAGGAUUAGUGGAAAAGACCAGCAGUUGUUGUCUCACCCUUCCAUUUCAGUGGAGGGCCAUUUAGUAGCUAAAAGUGAGGAUGGCUGGGCUGUAUUUUCCCAUCCAGUCUCCUUUCCUGCAUUUCUGGCUGUCACUGGGGUACCAAUGCCAUCCACUAUCUCACCAAAUGUGAUCUUUUCUCAGUGGGUGAGCUGGGGUAGUGCAUAUCACCAAGCUAUUUUGAUGCUGGCUAGGUACUGCUGAUGGCUAAGGCUGUAGUAGGAGCAGGAAGCUUGCACUAUUUCUUCCCUACCUUAGUCCCCAACCCAAGUGGCAGUGUUGGAGAGGGGGAGAGCAGGGCAGGGAGGGGGUGUGUGGUUUGUAUAUUGAAAUGGGUGUUCUGUUUCAGCUGCCAUGUUAAGCCCCAUCAGCCCUCUUUUGGUGGUUUGACCUUGUUGGUUGGAAAGGAGUCAGCAUAUCUUAAAAGCGCAGCAGGAAUGUCUGUUGCUCUGGCCAACAUUUCUCUCCUGAAUGAUGUCACGAAAGUUGUAAUUUGUCUUGCUGCUGUUCGAGGGUGACUGUUUUCUGAACAGUGGCUGCAGUGCUGGUUUUGCAGUCUCCUCCGAUUGCAUUCGCUUUCAGUGGAGCGUUAGCAUAACCCAUUGGGUAGUGCUCUCUUUUUGCAUUCCAAGUUGAGUAUUUGACACUGCAGAGAAUCAAGCACCCAGUUCAGGCUGGCACCUCGGUUCAGUGCUGAAGGAAUGCUGCACUGUUGAGAGCGUGCAGUCUUGUCGACACGUUGCUCAAACCGAGGUCCUGUCUGUCCCUUCGGAUAGAUGCGUGUAGAUCCCUCAGCAGUAAUCACAGAGAAGGAGAGCUAUUCUCCUGGAUAAAACUUAGUUUGCAACAAACCUAAGAAGCACAGAUAAAGUGGUCUUUUUCCAUUUGUAAUUACACUCUGGGCAAGUUAGCUACUACGUUUCUUGCAUUCCAGCAAUGACUAUCCUUCAAAGGUACUUCACUGGUUGGAAAGCGCUUUUGGAUGUCAGUUCAAUUGAAGUGCAAAUCCUUUCUAAUAACUGAUAUUAAUUUAUUAGUUCCAUUAACUAUUUUCCUCUUCAAUUGCUUCAUGAGGAAUCACCAACUACUUCUGUGUUUACAACUUCACCUUUUCUUUAUAGCUGUUUGUAUAAUACAAUGUGUAGGUCAGUUUGUCAGAUGGCUGGUGUGAAUCAGACUGGUACGGGGUUCAUUUCUUCUGGGAUGUAUUCAUGAUCAAUCUCCUCCUACCUGUGGUGGAGGUGAAUGGGUAGUGGGUUGGACUGAAGAUGGAUCUAUUCACAACUUUGUUUUUCUUAAGUACCUGACCACCGAAUGGAUAAACCUCAUUUCCUUUUCUUCAAGCUCCGACAGUCCUAUAAGGGCUAUGGGUUCAAACUGGGGCAAAACUGGUCAUUUCAUCAGUUCACCUCUUGGCCUUCUCUUUUUCCAGAGAGAAGGAUACCCUCUUGAUUCUUGUAACUUUUUUUUAUGUUGUUGAGUACACUGGUGUUUUGUUUGCAAUAUGCAAACCUGAACUUUACACAGUAUGCCGUGUGAUCUAAUCAAGAUACUAAAUGAGUUCAUCAUAACUAAUCUGUUUUUGAAUUUGAUUCCUCUGAAAGGAAUUGCACUAUAUUUUUUAAACCCGUCAUCCUGUGUUUCUACUUUUGAUGAUGUGUGAACCCAUGCACCUAAAUCUCUUUGUGCCUCUACCCUGUCCCAAUGACUCUGUGUUUCUCAUGAUUUCUCCUCUUAGAAUGCAUAAUCAGCUCAAGUCUCAUUCUGUAAGCUCCCAUUAAAAAGGGUGACUUAUUUGAUGGGCAUCUGGAGAAUGACCAGUAAUGCAGCUAGUGUCAGCAUCUUUAUUAGAGCACAACCAUAAAUAAUCAUGCAUCUAAUCACAUCUUUGUUUUUCUUAAGUGGUCUUACCUGAGCAUCAAAUGGAUAAACCUCAUUUCCUUUUCUUCAAGCUCCAACAGUCACAUAAGGGCUAUGGGUUCAAACUGGGGCAAAAUUUAUUUGGAGCUGCUCUCCAGCUGCACUUUGCAUAAGUAGUCACCAGCACAUAAAAUGGGUGAGAGAGUGGUGUGGGAGUUAACAAUGGGACACUAAUGAAGGGAUGAAUCAUAAUAGACUAAAUGACCUUCCUUGUCUGGAUCAGUUAUAUGAUUUAAAGAGUUAUACUAUAGUUUCCAGAAACGUCUGCAGAGUGUAACUGUUGAAUCUUCUUAUGUUCUGAGAUACACUUGUUUCGCACAUAUGACAAAAACAUUCUGAUAUUUAUAUUGAAACAUUUUAAUCAGCAAAACCCAUGCUUUAGCAGGUCUUGAGUCACGUACUGUGUAGCAAGCAGCAUGAGCAAGUCAUGCCACCACCCAACUAAAUGGGAGAGAAGCUGUUAACCAGUUUAGAAAUCUGGAGUGAGUCUGAUUGAUAGAACAAGGCCAAACAUGAAAGAAAGAUCACAUCUUAUGGCCCAGUUUUAUGUUGAGUUAUUUUACAGUUAACAUUUUUACUAUACUGUGUGGUAAAUUGGGUUUUCAAAUUUCUAACAAAACCUUAACCAAACAAAUUCUCUGAGAGGCCAUGUAAUUCUCUGAAGACCUGAGUUCUGCUGUGAAAGGUUGGUGCAGGUAAGGAUUUUCACUGUAUUAUCUUCAAAAUCAAUUAUUAACCAGGUUUUUGUUUUUUUAAAAAAAAAGCUCGUUUGUGAUGUGAUACAGUGAAAGAAAUAUUGGACAAUUUAAAAAAAAUAGCCUGUUCAGAACAGUAUAGUGGGAGUGGUUUAAGUGCAUCAGUUUUGUUUCAUUCACCUCCCCCUGAAUGAGUGGUGGCCUUGAGAUUUUGCAGACUCCAGCAGAUUUUGAUGCAGCUGAAUUCAGGAGAGAAAAGGGUAGAAAAAUAGGUGCUCCCGGUCAUGAGAAUGAUCCUCCAAUAUAGCACUGCUUGGGACUGUAAGUCAUGCAUCGCUGCAAUGAUCUGCAAACGUUGCAGAAGUUGAGUAGAAAUAUUUAUUUAUUGCCAGUGUUAAUUUAUUGUUUGAACGUGUUUAUAAUUUGCUAUCAUUGACCAUUGUACAGUGGAUGGGAAAGGAACCUUUGUUUUGGUUGUCUGUUAUGAGUAUUCCAUUGACUGCAGUAGUUUACCAGUCCAAGUUUUCCUUGGAUUUUCAGUAAAUUAUCGCUGUGAGAUAUUGUUAUGAAAUAAACAGAUCUCAGUUUUGUUGUUGUUUAAGCCAUUUCUGUUUUAAAGCAACAGAUAAUCAGUGUUAAAAACAGUGUGUGCUGGAAAUUCUCAUCAUCUGCAGAGGAAGAAAUAA